UUAAGACAUCUCGGAUUGAAGUUGAUCAUCUUGCAAGAACAAUGGCUAGAACUUCAAUCACUACUUUGUACGCUGGUUUCCUCUUUGUUUUGGUGGUGAUAUUCGUUACCGAGAUGGCAUUUGGCCGCCCGUUGGAACGAGAGCUGCUUCCAACUGGAAUAAAGGGGUCGUCAAAAAACCCCGCAGAGGAUAGAACUGGGAAUCUGGAAGUAAACCCGGGAAAUGUUGGAGGAAAGGGGAAGACAGCCGGGUCUAGUGACAUCCAGGGUGUUGUACAGCAGGAAAAUAAAAUCAGAGGAAAGGGUAACGUGCAGGAUUUGAAGGGGAAAGGAAAGGCAACUGGGUCUGGGAAUGUGGCCAAUGUAGUAACAGGAAACGGGACUUUGAGGCCACAGGGAGAUUUAAAGAAAGGAAAGAUAGGGGCAACAGGGACAGGCUCGAUGACGGUUGCAGGAGUGACUGUCAAAGGUAGUCUUGGUGGGGAACCAGGAUCUAACUCACAAAAGGAGAAACCACAGACAUCCGAAAAUAGCCCUUAUCCAAAGGGAAAUGAUGAGGCAACAAAACAAGACCCUCCCAAAUAUUAUUAACGUUAUGCGAUCAAUUGGUUACGGAGAAAUAUGUGAUAAAGUUGCAGUUGUUCUCUUUUAUCCUGCUGCCAAGUGAUGGUCGAAGUAAAUUGGAUUCGUUUUUGUUUUUUUUUGUUUUUUUUAUCGCUAUUGAAUUUGUUUUUUUUUUCUCUUUCAUGUUUACUUGCUUGAUUCAGUUCUAUUGACUGAAAAUCUAUCAUUUGUCAUCAGUUUUGGAAAUUGAUUGUGUUGAAUAAAUUUCAGAAG